AUGAGUGGUGGUAAGGCUGCGCCAGUUGAAACUUCACGGCUCGAACAGCCUAACGAUGCGGUAGCCAUGGAAAACAUUGCCCAGUCCUCCGAGCAGGCGCCUGCCGAUCACGCCCCCGAAUCCGCCGAUAAGACCAUUACAACUGAACCAGCACUGUCUACUGCUGUGCCAGCUACGUCCGAGAACACCGAUAACUCAGCAGCCACUGCAGCAGCCUCAUCGAAGGGAAAGGAGAAGGAUACAGCUCCUCCUCCACCACCUACUAAGCAAGACUCGAAUCUGGGCAUCGGACCUGCUGUGGACGACAUCAGAGAAAUUUCGGGGGGUUCUUCCGACGGACCCGUUUGCAACAUUACCCUUCUCCUUACUUCAGGAAGCCGACAUCCGUACAAGAUUGAUGCCAAGUACUUGAGUCGGAGGAGCGUGGAUAUCCCAGACCAGACGGAGAGUGGCCUUCCGGAUCCCUUCAGUAUCAGCGUUUAUACCCUCAAGGAAUUAAUAUUGCGCGAAUGGCGAAGUGAUUGGGAAGCAAAACCAGCAAGUCCCAGCAGCAUUAGACUCAUUCAUUUCGGAAAGCUCCUAGAUGAUAAGGAGCAAUUGAAAAAAUAUCAACUUUCAACCGAGAGCCCCAAUGUUGUACAUAUGAGCAUUCGGCCACAGGAUCUUGACGAGGAAGAACCCAAGGCGGGAAAUAAGAACCUUUCAUCGAGCGGCGGUGAUGGCCAACGUUCGCGGGACAGCAAUUGCUGUAUCAUUUUAUAA